AGCUGUUGUCUGAAACCUACUGAGAUAAACAAGCAGUUUAAAAAAGGAUUAUCCUCAAAUCACUUAUAUGCUGCAAGCCAGUUUAGACAUGGUGAACACGGCGGUUUACGUAUUCCCAGGAGCCGUCCUCUGAUGCGGAUAAGUUUACCACAGAAGUUCAGAAAUUUUAUGCUGUUUUUUUAAAAAAAGAUGACUAAAUUGCUGAAGAGCUGCACAUGGAAAAUAGUGUCCUUUUUUGUUCUGUUGCACCCUAUUGCGAUUUGUGGCACCAAAACAGCUAUCAGAGAGACAACAGCUAUCAACAACAGUACAACAUCUUUGGAUGCAGCCUAUGAUAUAUCCAAAUUAUCACAAAGCAAGUAUGUGGCACAAACACCGUACAUACAGAACUACUCAAUAGCAUAUGCAGGUCAAUGCGGAGACUACUUUUUGGUGCCACCAAACUGUACCUAUGAAGUAUCGGUCAACUUUGGUAUUCAUGAACAGGAUCUUGGCAGCCUCUACUGUGUUCUCACGUUUCUGGCACUCGGAGGGCCCAGGAGGAAGUUUUGCCUUAAUAUUACCAAAAUCCAUCUCACAGAAGACAUGGACAUCUAUGUUUUCGAAGGUGAAAAUAUGGAAUAUCCUGAACUCUACCAACAUAUCAUUCGGCACUUAACCAACAAAGAGGGACCACAGAUAUUCUGCACCAACACAAACACCCUCAGUGUUCGGUUCGAGUACCCAAUCCUAAAAGGCAGUCUCUCUCCUGACGUGGAAUUCAAAGUCAUACCAACAGAUGAUGUGGUACUCAUGAAAGGAAAUGACUGCUUCAAGAACUUUGAAAUGGACAAUCAAAGCUUCUACCGAGUAGUAACCUGGCCGGACAGUACUGAACAUCAUGCAUCCUGGGGUGGUUGUUUCUUGACCUUUGUGCGUGAAUCAUCAGGAACGAUGUGUGUACAGUUCUUGAACUUCUACAUUGGAAAAGACAGCAUUGACGUCAGCCUUACAUUUUUGGUUGGAGACAACAUCCCGAUGAUGUCACUGAAUGUCAACAGCAGUUUUCCAAAUGCCACUUUUUGUACACCUACCAAACUUCUUUUUGUCGAAUUGCGUCAAAAGGUUACAUUUGUUAAGCAGUUAAGAGACUACAAUUUUGUGUUUCUUGUCACUGCUGAAACCCUCGAAAAUGGCUCCCAGACAAGUUGGAGUGUAUCAACAUUACUAUUAAUAAGCCUUACUGUUAUUUUAAACUUUUACCUAAAUGGCUGCGAGGAACGUUAACUUUUAUCAAAAUUAACUCAAGGAAAAUGGAAGAAACAUCAUCUCCUGUAUAUUUUCUGUCUAUAAUAAAUUCAUUACAGUAUC